AUGCUGCAACGGUCCGAAAUGGCUUCUAAAGAGACAGCAGUAGACGUGGCGAGCCAUGCCCAAGACGAAGCUGAUGCUGGCCCUCCUGACGGCGGCUCGCGCGCCUGGCUGGUGGUGGCCGGGGGCUUCCUCACCUACUUUGUGACAUUUGGUCUUCUCAAUUCGUUUGGGACUUUCCAAGCGUACUACGGACAGGCGCUGCUGUCCGGCCGAGACGAUAGCGAGAUCUCCUGGAUUGGCUCUCUCCAGCUCUUUUUGCUCUUCAUCGGUGGCCUCGUCUUUGGCCCAAUAUUCGACGCCAAGGGGUCAAAGAUCCUUUUCGUCCCGGGCACAGUGUUGUUUUCCCUCUCCCUGAUGAUGAUCAGCCUCUGCAAAGAGUACUACCAGUUCAUCCUGGCGCAGAGCCUGCUCUUCGGCGUUGCAGAUGCAAUGCUCUUCUACCCGACAAUCUCUGCAAUUCCACACUGGUUUAAUAGCCGACGAGGCCUGGCAAUGGGCAUCGUCGUGGCUGGCUCCUCUCUAGGUGGAAUUGCGUGGCCGCUCAUACUAGAACGAUUGUUCCACGCCGUUGGAUUCCCAUGGGCCAUGCGUAUUGUUGGAUUUAUCAGCUUGGCUCUCCUCCUCCCAGCAUGUUUCAUGGUUGUCCCUCGUUCAUCGCCUAGAAGAUCUGAAAGUAUUCCCAGGGAGGACGUGAUUGCAGGCCUCAAGGAUAUACGCUACUGGCUGACCGUGGUCGGGAUGCUCUUCGUGAUGUGGGGGAUGUUUAUUCCCUUCUACUAUAUUCCGCUCUUUGCCAUGGACAACGGCAUAGACGCUUCAUUUGCAAAUGCCCUGAUUUCGAUCCUAAAUGUUGGCUCCUUCGUUGGGCGGAUCGUUUCCGGUGCCCUGGCAGACAAAGUCGGACGGUUUAAUGUCACUAUUGCGUGCUCGCUCGGAUCUGGAAUCCUUGUUCUCUGCCUGCACUGCAUCCGCACAAAAGGCGCAAUUGUUGCACUUACCCUGCUGUACGGAUUCACCUCGGGAGGCUUGAUCUCCCUGCAAUCUGCAUGCGUGGCGCAGAUAACGAAGAACAUGCAAGUCAUCGGGCUGAUGAUCGGGAUCAUGAUGGCAGUCUGCUCCUUAGGAGCCCUGACGGGCAGUCCUAUCGGCGGAGCUCUUGCGGUGAGGAAGUCUGGGGAGGUCCCUGCCUGGGUGGACUUUGGGGGUGCCUUUCUGCUGGCCGGUACAGCGCUGCUGGUGGGUGCGAGACUUGCUAUUGAUUCUCGGCUUUUACGAAUUGUCUGA